CGAACAUGGCAAUCGCAACCUCUGUCCUGAACAUGGUUCACCAUCCACUAAUCUGAGGGACUGUAAGCGACCGAACCAACUGCCGCUCUCUGUCACUCCCGGGUCCGAGAUGGCCUUACCCAUGGACAACCUUCGUCGAUGGUGUGCAGUCACGCAUUCGCCUUGGAAAGACUCCAAAGGCAAUGUACUACUUUGCAAUUGUGUGCAAGAGGCGCACGUCGUCGACAAUAAAUUAGAUAUCGCCCAGAAAGCUCGAUUGGAGGUGGCCUGGGGUCUGAAGCCUGAGCAGUUCGAUUUUACCGGCCCUUUGAACACGAUUCCAUUGCAAGUCGAUUGGCAUAUGCGAUUCGAUAAGCAAGACUGGGUUCUCCUUCCACCCAUCGGUGUCCUAGCUAAGAUAUACGACGCACUCCAAGACCAUCUACGUCAAUCUGGGCCGAGAAAGGCGGAUGGCGAGGGUGUACCCUUGGUAAAGAACAACGCUUUCGAGUACAGAAUUUACCAAUACGAGUUCGUACCCUUUGGCUCGUCAAGCGCAUCCGCUGAGCUUCUUCGCCUCAAGUUCAAGGAAGGAAAGGAAUACGACGAACUGGCCAAGCGCGAAUUCGAAUCGUAUACCCCCGACGCAUACAAUGACUGGCCCAUGAUUAGGUCGACUGCUCACCCAUACCCUGUUAUUUGGAAAGCAGUCAGGGAGUUCGGCUUACAUACUCCACUUUCAACCCUUAUCCUUCCCCGGCAUAUGGUCAGGAUGACCAUGGCACGGGAGAUCUAUGUGCUAUGGCAGGAAUACGCUGACGAUCACCGCGAACUAUGGUCGUAUAUCGAUCCGGAUAGCGGUUCUUUGCCACCUUCCGACCGCGAUCGCCGUCAGCAGUCCCAUACUCCACUGGGUAAACGUAAACGUGGCCAUCAGGAUGGCGGUGGCGAUGAGAAGCGAUCGCGCAAACAUCCACGUCCUAAAAAGUAUUUCACUGGCAGUCCUGGCGAUAUUGUUGACGACAUUUUAGGCAUGUUUUCGUAUUCUAUGAACGACCAUGCCCCCUCUUCUCCCUGCCUCCAACCCCUUAGCCCUGUCGAUCAUUCAUUGCGUGUUGCCGCCGGAGAAGAGUCUGAGUCUGAAUCGGAAGACGAAGGCAGACCGAUCGCAUUGCAACCCAAACGACAGUUCAGUAUCACCGACUGGGCGAACGCGGCUUUGGAGCAUGGUGAACCCGUAGCCGAGGACCAUUAUUCUCCGGAUUCUCAGUUCUUGGAAGAGCCUCGAAAGCCUCCUAGCGGUCCCUGGGAGGACUGGCCACCUGCUUAUGCGUAAACUUCUGGUUUCGGGUUGGAUCGUUGUGCGAUGAGGAUACGGUGUCAUCGCUCUUGCACCUUGUGGUGAAUCGUAUUAUGUGUCCUGUUAUUGCUUGUUAUUGCUGUUCCCUGUUUUCGUCGUUAUUUACUCGUACCGCCCGCUAUGCACGUCGUAUCAUAUCUAUCUUUCCUCCUGGCUACGUUUUCGUUUGGUUUCCACUACUUACUCUACG